CCUCCUUCUCCUUUAUCCCCUCCCUCUGUGUCUCAGUUCUGCAGUACACAGGAGGGAAGCACACUCCUGCAUUGCAAGGCUUUCUCUUAAGGAUGUAUUGUGGCUUUUGUUUGGAUUGCAGCGUGCAGACUUACAGCUGUUCAGAGGAGACUCAUUACAACUCCUGCUGAAGCUCCUAAUCUUCCUCCCUUCUUCUAGUCCUUUUCUCUACCCUAACUUGGCCUGAAGACAUUGUCCCCAAAAUUUACCUUUCUCCCUUGGUGCUAUAUGUAUGGUGAACUUGGCACUAUGGCCUCGUCUGGGACUGGCCAGACGACGGUUCUUGGCUCUCCUUAUUCCAAGAAGGAUUUAAAGGGAAAUUGCACUGCAGGCAAUGCAUCAGAGCAGCAGCAUCGGGAGCUUGGGGACUGAGGCUCUUCUGGCAUUAUUAUACACAUGCACAGCUGACCGCAAUGACAGCAGCUGCUCCUUUGAACUGUUGGCAGCAGCCAAGCGGCAGCAUGAAGUGAGAGAUCACUCCUGAGCUCAAGAUGAACUCCACCUUGGAUGGUAAUCAGAGCAGCCACCCUUUUUGUCUCUUGGCAUUUGACUACUUGGAAACUGUCAGUUUUUGCCUUUUGGAAGUGCUGAUUAUUGUUUUUCUAACAGUAUUGAUUAUUUCUGGCAACAUCAUUGUGAUUUUUGUAUUUCACUGUGCACCUUUGUUGAACCAUCACACUACAAGUUAUUUUAUCCAGACAAUGGCAUAUGCUGACCUCCUGGUGGGGGUAAGCUGCUUGGUCCCUUCUUUAUCACUCCUUCACUAUUCCCUACCAUUAGAGGAGUCCUUGACUUGCCAGAUAUUUGGCUUUGCAGUAUCAGUUCUGAAGAGUGUCUCUAUGGCUUCUCUGGCCUGUAUCAGCAUUGAUAGAUACAUUGCCAUCACUAAGCCUUUAACGUAUAAUACCCUGGUUACACCCUGGAGACUACGCCUGUGUAUUUUCCUGAUUUGGCUAUACUCCACCCUCAUCUUCCUGCCUUCCUUUUUCCACUGGGGCAAACCUGGAUAUCAUGGAGAUGUCUUUCAGUGGUGUGCGGAGUCCUGGCACACAGACCCAUACUUCACCUUGUUCAUCGUGAUAAUGUUAUAUGCCCCAGCAGCCCUCAUUGUCUGCUUCACAUAUUUCAACAUCUUCCGCAUCUGCCAACAGCAUACAAAGGAAAUCAGCGAAAGGCAAGCCCGCUUCAGCAGCCAGAGUGGGGAGAAUGGGGAAGAACAGGCCUGUCCCGAUAAGCGUUAUGCCAUGGUCCUGUUCCGCAUCACUAGUGUAUUUUAUGUCCUCUGGUUGCCCUAUAUUAUCUACUUCUUGUUGGAGAGUUCCACUGGCCACAGCAACCGCUUCGUAUCCUUCUUGACCACCUGGCUUGCUAUUAGUAACAGUUUCUGCAAUUGUGUCAUUUAUAGUCUCUCCAACAGUGUCUUCCAAAGAGGACUUAAACGCCUAUCAGGGGCUGUGUGUACUUGUGCAAGUCAGACCACUGACAAGGACCCUUAUACAGUUAGGAGCAAAGGCCCCCUUAAUGGAUGUCAUGUCUGAAAUGGCUCAAUCACUAGUUCACUAGGAAAUCGGGGACAGAAUAAUUUGACUAAGCAAUAGCACACAAGUGAUCUAUCCAAAUAUCUUUUUUUUAAGUUUGCAUGAAAUUUUUUCCUAAAUGUGAUUUUGAAUCAGAAGAAUCAGGAUCAUGAGGAUAAAUUUCUCUUGUUCCAGUUUUUGAAAUGUCAUGGAAAUGACUACAUUUCUCAGAUUUAAAGGAAUAAAGCCAUACCUAACACCUCUCUCCAGCUGGCGUGACUGAACCUGGGUGUGAAAAAGCGUCAGCAUUUUAAGUCAUCAUUCUCUUGUCACUUUUCUAGAUUCUUUCCAGCAUUUGGCCUUCCUGUGCAAUUGAUAUCUUUCAACAGGGAAUAUUAAAACAUACUGAUAAAUUAACAUGGAUUUAAUUUUUUUUAAAACACUGCAAGUUUCAACACUGUCAUUUAGACAGCCAAAUGUUUUGCAUUAUAUUCUCUUGAGAGAACUCUUAAUGGGGUGAAUAAUGUGAACAAUUAAACAUUACUUUUAAAAUUUUGCAAUGACCCACAGAAGUAAAAGUGCAACCAACUCAUAGUUUAUGAAAAACUGAGCUACUUUUUUGUGCUAUACUUCACAGAGAUUUUGAUACAUGUGCAUUUAAGUAAUUGAUGCAAUAUUUUGCCCAGGUGUUUGUGUAUAUUGAGAAUAUUUGAAUUGAGUUAGAUUUCUCUUUCUUGACAAAAUGUAUUUCAGUGAGCUAAAAUUAAUUGCAAGCAGUUGAUAACGGUGAAAAUAUAUAAAAAUGUGA